AUGUGGUUGUCACGAGGGCUGCUAGCCUCUACACUCAUUCUCGCCGUUAAGGCCCAAGAUGGAAUUGAAGAUGCAGCGAUGCGUAUUGCAACUGGUUUUGCAGAGUCUCUCAUUCAGCACGCAGUGACCACACUGUCGGGAGAAGCUGGAGGUGCUGGUGAUACCGGUGAUACUGUAAACGCUGGAGAUCAAGGAAAUCAAGGGAACCAAGGCCAAGGAUUAUUCGAUGCGAGUCUAAUCGAUGCAGCCACCGUCACUCAUAUGGUCGGUGGCGAAGCUAUAGUCGAGACAUACACACGUCCUGGAGGACAACUCUUCCCUGUCACGCUUCUUCCACACCCAAGGAUUACGAUUGCGCCCACGAGCGACGACCCCUACGAGAGAAUUAUUCAAGCUUAUACUGGUGGCGCCGACGCUACCACGAACCAAGAAAUCACAAUUGCUGAGCCCACAGGAACCAAGCCUGGCACUAUCAUCGUCGACGUGCCUGGUUCCGCUUAUUCGUCUUUCUCAUCGGGCCAAGCCGGUGCCUUGACUAUUCCACCUUCGAACGACCACCCGACAGCGACAGUUAUCUCAGCUUUGCCAAGCGGUGUUGGUAUUACCGGUGAAGCCACAAGGACAAUUCCUGCGGCUGGAGGUGCUUCGGCCACAGUUGUCAUUCAAACACCAUGGGAAGACGUGCCACCAAGCACUCCUGGUGCCGGCGCAGGCGUUAGCGGUGGUGCUGGAGGUGUCGGCGGCAAUGCUGGUGGCAGCACAUCCAACGUUUUGGUUAUUCAGACCUACACCGGAACUGAGUAUAUCACCGAGGCCCGAGUUACAACUGUUGCUGGUGCCGGAGGUGAUCAGGGCACAGUUAUCGUCCAAGUUCCGCCAGGCAACCAGAUCCCUGGCGGUGCCCUUACGAUUCCUCCCAGUGGCGACAGCCACUACACCACCAUCGUCAGGGAAUACACCGGCGCUGUUCCGAUCUCAACACCCAUCACUCGCCUUGUUCCUACAUCAGGAACUCAAGAUGGAACCAUUAUCAUUGAAACACCUGGUGGCUCCUCGAGCCCGACCGGUGGCAGUGGUAGCCAGGGUGGUAACUCGCCCGAGAACCAGCCCCAGGUUAUCCCACCCAGUGGUGAUAGCCCCUACUCUACUAUUCUACGACCUCAUGCUGGAUCUGAUGAGAUCACUGAGCCCGUGACUUACACUAUCCCACCAACUGGUACAAACCCCGGAACGGUCAUUAUUGAGACACCGGCCGUCCGUGUUGGACAGUCAGUUAUUACUCUUCCGUCCGAUCCUGGCAGUGGCUAUGUCACCAUUGUCAGACCGCCUUCUGGCACGGGGAUUAUCACAGCACCCACGACCAUUACAAUCCCCCCCAGCAACGGCCAGCCAGGCACGAUUGUCAUUGAGACUCCUGCUCCCCAACCUGGUGGUGGUGAGAUUACCAUCCCUGCUGGUGCAGAUGGUUCCUUCAUCACAGUCAUUAGGGGCCCUACUGGAACAAACGCGGUCAACGUGCCCACCACAAUCACGAUUCCUCCCAGCAAUGGUCAACCAGGAACGGUCAUCAUCGAGACUCCUGUUGGCUCUGGUGGUCAAACUACUCGAGGUUCUGAUGACCCUUUUACCAUUACCAACGCCCCUGGUGGCCAGUAUGUCACCGUGUUCCGUCCUCAUAGUGGUGAUCCCAUCUAUGUCCCUAUUACCCUCACCCAACCAGGACAGAAUGGCCAGCCAGGCACAAUCAUUAUUGAGACACCUGCUCCCACCACCUCCGCCCCCGGUAGUGGACCCAUCACUAUUCCCGCUGGUGGUGACAGCCCUUAUGUGACUGUUUACAGACCUCACUCUGGCAGCCCCAUCAACAAGCCUAUCACAAUCACUGUCCCUCCUAGUGGCGGUCAACCUGGAACGAUCAUCGUGGAAACGCCCUUCGAGACCCCCAAGGGCCAGAACGCAGUCACUUCAGCGGAGCCAGGUGGUCAACAGAUUACCAUUCCUCCCAGCAAGAACAACCCUUAUGUGACAAUCUAUCGACCUCACACUGGAGAUCCAAUUACUGUGCCUAUCACCAUUACGCAGUCCCCGUCGAACGGUCAGCCUGGAACCAUCAUUAUUGAGACUCCAGCCCCACCGGCCCAGACUGUCACUCAGACUGCUCCAGGUGCGACAGUAACUGUCCAGCCCGAUACUCCUGGUGGAUACACAACGGUCUACCGACCGCACACGGGCGAACCGAUUACCGAGCCUAUUACAGUCACAACUAUUAGUGGUUCCAACGGCCAACCAGGAACUGUUAUAAUCGAGACACAAGGCCCAAUCACUGUUACCGCCACUGGACCUGGAGGUACUGCAACCAUCUACACCCCAGGUGUAGACGUUAGUACUACAGUUACAAAGACUGUUGUUUCGACCGCUCCGGGUGGUCAGCCAACAACCGUUGUCGUAAUUGAGACUCCUCCACCGGUGAAGGUGCAACCUACCUCAUCUCAAGUUACAGGACCAGAUGGCUUUGUUACAGUGACGGAGCAGUAUACCGGUACUGGCGUGAUCACUGCUAUCUUUACCACUACGGUGAUUGCAUCCGGAACAGGACCUGGAACUGUCUACAUUGAGACCCCGCCACCAGUCAAGUUCGUCCCAACGACAAGCGCCCCGGAAACAACGGUUACUGGCAACGACAACUACGUUACAGUAUUCAAGCCGUUCCCUGGCCCCGGAAUCAUCACUACUCCCAUCACCAUCACAGAGGUUGCUCCUUCUGGUGACCGACCUGGUACAGUUGUUGUUCAGACUCCUGUUUCGGAAAAUCCCACGACAACACCUUUACCUCAGCCCAGUACGACACAGGGAACAGACGGCUAUGUAACAGUGUUCCUUCCAUUCCCCGGCCCUGGCGUGAUCACUCAGCCCUACACAAGAACCCAGGCUCCUUCAGGUGGCAACGCUGGAACUGUGUUUAUUACUACUCCUGCGCCUCUGCCAGCAACCACCACUCCUCUGCCUGAGCCAAGCACCACUCAAGGCGCUGAUGGUUAUGUGACCGUCUAUCUUCCUUAUACCGGCCCUGGCGUUAUCACUCAGCCCUACACACGUACACAGGCACCAUCGGGUGGAAACCCAGGAACUGUGUUCAUCACUACCCCAGUGCCUGUUGCCCAAACCACACCCCAGCAGAACCUGCCAAGUACUACGUCGGGUACAGAUGGUUAUGUGACAGUUUUCAUCCCUUAUCCGGGACCGGGCGAGAUCACUGCGCCCAUCACCAGCACGCAGCCGCCUUCUGGUGGCAUGCCUGGUACUGUCUUUAUCACCACUCCUGUGCCAGCCUUUUCCACUCCCAAGCAGGCAAAUGCUCAGACAAGCACUUCAUCAGGUGGGGAUGGGUACGUGACGGUAUUCAUGCCUUACACUGGUACUGGAGUUAUUACUGCACCGAUUACCAGUACCCAGGCACCUGCCAACGGCCAGCCUGGUACUGUCUUUGUUACUACUCCUGCACCGGCGUUUUCGACUCCUAAGCAGGCAAAUGCUCAGACUAGCACCACAUCGGGUGUAGAUGGGUACGUGACGGUCUUUAUGCCUUACACUGGUACUGGAGUCAUCACCGCACCAAUUACUAGUACACAGGCGCCUGCCAACGGCCAGCCCGGUACCGUCUUCGUUACUACUCCCGCGGCUUUGGACACAUCAAAUCAGCAAAAUGGCGUUACAAGUACUUCUGCUGGUACAGAUGGCUACGUCACCGUAUUCCUGCCUUUCCCAGGCCCAGGAGUCAUCACGGCCCCAAUCACUAGCACUCAAUUACCUGCAAAUGGCCAGCCUGGUACUGUCUACAUCACAACGCCUGCGCCUUUGACUUCUGAGCAGGGUGCCUCUACCAGUGCACAACGUUCUGGCGAUUAUGUGACAGUCUUCCUUCCAUAUACAGGCACUGGUGUGAUUACUGCGCCUAUCACUAGUACGCAGGCACCCGCGGGUGGUAACCCAGGCACUGUUUUCAUCACGACACCGGGUGCUCAAACUCCAGCUCAGUCUCAGUCCCCUGCGUUGACCACAGACAACUAUAUCACCAUGUACACGCCAUUCCCUGGGCCAGGUGUUAUCACAGCCCCCAUUACCAUCACAAAGCUACCAUCUGCUGGGCAGCCGGGGACCGUUCUCAUUCAGACUCCUGCGCCAGCCAGCUCUAAUGCUGAUACUUAUGUCACGGUUUACCGACCAUACCCAGGUCCUGGUACUAUUACUGCACCAAUUACCUUGACACAAGCUCCGGCGAACGGCCAGCCUGGCACCGUCUUUAUUGAGACGCAACCCACAAACGAACCUACUUCAACUCCCACAAGUGGUGACUCUGUUCCGCCCGUUACUAUACCCCCAGAGCCGACUGGUUCGUACGUUACCAUAUUCAGGCCUUACCCUGGCCCAGGGAAGAUCUCAACUCCAGUGACCUACACUCAAUCUCCUGCUUCUGGGCAGCCUGGAACCGUUAUCAUCGAGACCCCCAACCCUGACGCUCCCACGGACACCCAGUCAGGCCCUGUUACAGUGCCCACUGGUAGCAACAACCCGUACGUCACGGUCUAUAAGCCAUACCCAGGCCCAGGCAACAUUGAUAAGCCUAUCACAAUCACUUCUGUCACAGCCUCUGGAGAUCAACCAGGAACAAUUGUUAUUGAGACGCCUACUCUCGAGGUUAACACUAAAUUUGCACCGACUACUUCUUCGCCUCCUGUCACUAUUCCAGCGGAUGAUAACAGCUAUGUCACUGUGUAUAGGCCACACACUGGCACCCCACUCACUGCACCCAUUACUGUCACUACCAUUGCACCUUCGGGAGGACAGCCGGGUACUGUGAUCAUUGAGACUCCAGGACCUGAGUCCCAGCCAGCUAGCACAGACAGCCCACCAGUUACCAUUCCUCAAGGCCAAGAUGGAUAUGUCACAGUUUACCAACCAUAUCCCGGACCAGGCACCAUAACUGAGCCUGUCACCGUUUCUACCAUUGCGCCAACCAAUGACCAACCUGGCACAGUUAUUAUCCAAACUCCUGCUCCUGCAUCCUCGGCAUCAUCUACUGAGGCGCGGACAACCAGUGCUUCUGCCGUCACUAUUCCUGCCGAUAACGGUGGGUAUGUGACGGUAUAUAGACCCUUCCCCGGGCCUGGAACUAUCACUGCUCCUCGCACCGUUGGCACCGUUGCUGGUACUUCGGGACAGCCUGGUACGGUUAUCAUUGAGACACCCGCCCCCCAAGCCACUGCAGAUGAGACAAGCUCUGCUCCUGCACCGGCUAUCACUUCAGCUCAAGGUAAUGAUGGCUACGUCACGAUCUUCAAGCCUUACACCGGUACAGGUGCCUACACUGGACCCGUCACUGUCUCCAGCAUUCCUCCUGCGAAUGGACAGCCCGGAACGAUUGUUGUCGAGACACUCGCUGACCAGGCCACUACUUCAACCCAAGCUGGUGAUAAUGCGCCUGUGACUAUCCCUCCUAGCCCUGAGAACUCCUAUGUGACAGUCUACAGACCUCAUACAGGAGCUGAUGUUAUCACGGCUCCGGUUACUGUGACCACCAUACAGGGUGAGAACGGCCAGCCGGGAACCAUUAUCAUUGAAACACCUGCUGCUCAGGCCCCUUCCACGACGGAGCAGAGCACCGGAGCACCAGUCACCAUCCCACCUGGCCCGAAUAACUCUUAUGUAACGGUGUAUAGACCUCAUACAGGCGCAGAUUCUAUCACGGCCCCGGUGACAGUGACUACUAUUGAAGGUGUCAACAGUCAACCAGGAACUAUCAUCAUCGAGACGCCCGGGCCGAUGGCUCAGACUCCAACUUCAUCCGACAAAGCUUUGGGACCGCCUUCGACUGUCCCUCCCAGCCCCGGUGCCUCGUACAUAACAGUCUACAGACCAUACACCGGUACUGAGACUAUUACAACGCCUGUCACCAGUACCAUUGAGGGCACGAAUGGUCAGCCCGGAACUGUCAUCAUUGAGACUCCUGUGCCUACGACUCCGGAUACUGGUGCUACUACCACAGUUCCUCCUGGCCCCGAUAGCUCGUACGUAACGGUAUACAGACCUUACACAGGCACUGAGACCAUUACAGCCCCUCUGACCAGCACCAUUGAGGGAACAAAUGGCCAGCCCGGGACUAUCAUUAUCGAGACUCCUAUGCCUGCAACUCCAGGCAAUGAUGCUGCCAGCACUGCCCCGGCUGGUCCAGGUGCUACUUAUGUCACAGUUUAUCAACCUUAUCCUGGACCUGGUAAGAUCGAUCAACCUAUCACAGUCACAACUGUCGAGCCUUCGAACGGCAAUCCAGGCACAGUCAUCAUCCAGACGCCUGGACUUGAAACUGGGGGUAAGGUUGUCAUUCCUCCAGUUACUGUCGAUCCCGCACCAGGUGAACAGUACACCACUGUGUACCGACCUCACACUGGCACGGACGUUAUUACUGCCCCGGUCACAGUCACCACUAUUACACCUGCAGGUGGCCAACCGGGAACAGUAAUAAUCGAGACUCCGGAUCCAGAGACGCCUGGUCCCAACCCUACCGUUACUCUACCUCCUGGACCCGAUGAGUCUUAUGUGACCGUUUUCCAACCACACACUGGAACUGAUAUCAUCACUGGACCUGUCGUUCUUACGACUAUUCCCCCAGCCAACGGCCAGCCUGGCACCGUUAUCAUUGAGACCCCUGUCGCAUCUGAGCCUGCUUCGACUCCCGUUCCCGCAGAUUCAGCUACCGGUUCUGCUCCUCAAGCAACUCCUACCUAUGUCACGGUCUAUCGUCCGCAUACUGGCCCUGAUAAGAUCACGGCUCCAAUCACCAUAACUACCGUUGAGCCCAGCGGUGGUCAGCCUGGAACUGUGAUAAUUGAGACACCGGACCAGGACCUACCACCAAUGACAACAUCUGCUGGCCCCGCUGCCUCUUAUGUCACGGUCUAUCAACCCCAUACGGGCACAGACAGAAUCACCGAACCUGUCACCAUCACGACUAUUGAGCCUGCUAACGGCCAACCUGGUACAGUUAUCAUUGAGACUCCGGGACAGCAAGCGCCUCCCGUGACGUCUGCCCCUCCCCCUGCUUCGUACGUAACCAUCACUAGACUUUACACUGGCACAGAAACGAUCAAUGAACCGAUCACAACUACUGUUCCUCCUCAGGGCGACCAACCCGGUACAGUGAUCGUCGAGACCCCCGGGCAAGCGCCUCUCGACACGGCUGCCACCACUCCUUCGUAUGUUACGGUCACGAGACCCUACACCGGCAGCGAUCAGAUUACAACACCCAUUGUCACUACUGUCUCCCCUCAAGGUGGACAGCCUGGAACAGUCAUUUAUGAAACCCAGGCUCCGUUCGUGACUGUUUAUCGCCCCCACACUGGACCAGACCAGAUUACAGGUCCAGUGACAGUCUCAACAAUUGCUCCAUCUGGAGACCAGCCCGGUACAAUCAUCGUCGAAACACCCGGCGCAGGUCCCGCAGUGACUACUACACCACCAGCGCCCUCUUACGUUACGAUCACAAAUCUUUACACUGGAACGGAGAUGCUGACUGAGCCAACUACCGUGACAACUAUCCCCCCUCAAGGCGAUCAGCCUGGUACUAUCAUUGUCGAAACCCAAGGUGCUUAUGCGACCAUUUCGACUUUGUAUACCGGUACUGGUGUUAUCACAGGCCCAGUCCCUCUGACUACGAUCCCUCCCCAGGGAAAUCAGCCUGGAACUGUUGUUGUAGGAACUCUUGGAUCUUAUGUCACGGUUACCACGCUAUACACCGGAGCAGAUUCAAUCUCUGGCCCAACGCCGAUCACCACUAUCCUUCCUCAAGGAGACCAGCCCGGUACUAUGGUUAUUGGAACACCUCCUUCUUACGUCACUACUACAGUUCCUUACACUGGCGUUAAUCAGAUCACCGCACCUAUCACUGCUACCACUAUCCUUCCCCAAGGUGACCAGCCAGGAACGGUUGUUGUCCAGGCACAGGCUCCUUUCGCGACCGUGUACCGCCCUCACACAGGACCCGACAGAAUCACCGCUCCAGUCACAGUGUCGACCAUCGCUCCCACUGGUGACCAGCCUGGUACUGUGAUUGUAGAGACUCCUGGAUCAGAGCCCCCUGUCACUACAACACCCCCAGCUCCCUCAUAUACAUCAGUCUAUGAAGAAUACACUGGCACGGAUGACAUGACUGAGCCUCGAGCAAGAACUACGAUCGAACCACAAGGCGACCAGCCAGGCACUAUCGUUUUCGACACUCCCGGCGUUCGGGUCAUUUCUACCAGUGGUGCUCAAGCGACUUACACCACUUCUUAUCGUCCCCAUUCUGGCCCAGAUAGUAUCACUGCACCUGUUACAGUUACUACCGUGGCACCUCAAGGUAACCAGCCUGGAACUGUGAUCAUUGAAACCCCCGGAUCGGCCCUUCAGGUUCCAGAUCCCGCCUCUCUGCCGACCUACGUCACGGUAUAUCAGCCGCAUUCUGGCCCUGACAGAAUUACUGCGCCCAUCACGGUUACGACAGUUCCUCCCCAGGGCGAUCAACCCGGUACUGUUAUUAUCGAGACGCCAGGAUCUGAGCCUGCUAUAACAACAGGUGCAGGUGCCGAACCUUCUUAUGUGACAAUCUACCAGCCCCAUGCUGGACCUGAUAGGAUCACCGAGUCAGUUACAGUCACAACUGUAGCACCUCAAGGCGACCAACCCGGUACUGUCAUCAUCGAGACACCAGGAUCUGAGCCUGCUAUAACAACAGGUGCAGGUGCCGAACCUUCUUAUGUGACAAUCUACCAGCCCCAUGCUGGACCUGAUAGAAUCACUGAGCCCGUCACGGUUACGACAAUUCCUCCUCAAGGUGAUACACCUGGAACUGUCAUCAUUGAGACUCCUGGCUCUGAGCCACCUGUGACUUCAGGUCCUGCAGCACAGCCUUCUUAUGUUACGGUUUAUCGACCUCACACGGGCGUCGACCAAAUCACAGCCCCGGUCAUCGUUACAACAAUUGAGCCCAAGGGUGAUCAACCCGGAACUGUCAUUAUCGAGACGCCUAGUUCUGAGCCACCUGUUACAGCUAUGCCUGAGCCUACUCUAUCGCCUCAAGCCUCGUACGUGACAGUCUAUCAACCUCACACAGGCACGGACCAGAUCACAGCUCCUAUUACAAUUACAACAAUUGAGCCCCAGGGUGGCCAACCUGGCACAGUUGUUAUCGAAACCCCCGGACUGCAAACUGGCAAUAAGGGUGCAAACCCUCCAAUGACCAUUCCUGCCGGAGAUGACAACUACGUGACAGUUUUCCAACCCCACACAGGAACACCGGAGAUCACAGCGCCUGUGACGUUGACUACCAUUGCACCUGCGAAUGGUCAACCUGGUACCGUCAUUAUUGAGACUCCAGUGCCCAAGACCGCUGCCAGCAGUGAUUCUGGUAACUCCCCUGUGACGCUUCCUGCUGGUGAUGAUAAGUACGUCACGAUCUUCAGGCCUCAUACUGGUGCUGAUGUGAUAACCGCACCUGUCACUGUCACUACCAUUGCUCCCUCUGGAGGGCAACCAGGCACUGUUAUCAUUGAGACCCCCGAGCCAGCUACUCAAGCUGCGCCAACAAGUGCUGCCCCUGAAGAUGUGUUUGUGACCAUCUACAGGCCAUACACAGGCACCGACCAGAUCACAGGACCUGUCACGGUUACAACAAUUGCUCCAGUUUCUGGAACAGGAACUGUUAUCAUUGAGACUCUUGCGCCUCAAACUGCCAGCGAUGUCUAUGUAACUAUCUUCAGACCGUAUACUGGCACGGGACGAAUCACGGAGCCAACCACAGUUACAACCAUUGCUCCAGUGGCUGGUACGGGAACUGUGAUUGUUGAGACACCCACCCCCGAGCCUACAACCAAUGCCGAGCCCUCCUCACCCGCAAUCACUAUCCCGUCACAGGACGAGAGUCGUAAUGUGACCGUCAUCAGACCUUAUCCAGGCCCUGGAGCGAUUACGGCCCCUGUCACCAACUAUGUCCCCCCGACUGCAGCAGGCGAGCCGGGUACCGUCAUUAUCGAGACUCCCGUUGAGCAGCCGACAACAGAAGCCCAGCCUCAGAGCCAGCCAACUUCAGCUGCUGCUGUGACAAUUCCUCCCAGUAAUGGUAGUCCGAACAUUACUAUUGUCCGCGAGUAUCCUGGACCAGGUGUUAUUACCGCUCCUGUUACUUCGUACGAGCCACCAAGCACACCGGGCCAGCCUGGAACCGUUAUUAUUGAGACUCCCGCAGCAUCUCAUGAGACUAGCUCAGGAUCAGAUGGUAGCUUGUCGGAACCUGCUGGCAAUAACGUUACCUUCUACACUCUGGCACCACCCGGCGUCAAAACUCCUAUCACAAGCUACGCUCCUCCGCAAACACCUGGGCAGACUGGAACUGUUUUCAUCCAGACAGUUGCCCCCGAACCUGGAAUGAGUGCUGAUGAUGGAAGGAAUGUGACCGUUAUGACUGAUGGCCCAGCCUCUCUUACGGCUCCUCAAACCAGAUAUCAGCCUCCUGGAUCAUCUGGUGACCCCGGCACUGUUAUCAUUGAGACCCCAGGACCUGCCGGUCCAGCUGGUCAAAGCGAUAGGAACGUGACCAUCAUGACCCAAGGGCCUGGUAGUCUUACAGCACCGUACACAAGAUACCAACCUCCCGGGUCAUCCGGCGAUCCGGGCACUGUUUACAUCGAGACACCUGGUCCUGCGGGCCAGGAUGAACGAAAUGUAACUAUCACGCGUGAAGGCCCAAGUGCCUUUACCACAUACUCACCCCCAGGUAAAGCUGGAGAUCCAGGAACCGUCAUAAUAGACACCCCUCCUGCACGAUCUGCAGAAACAACCUCGGAUGCAGGAGUCACCAUUCCCGCCCAUGCCGGCAGCCCUAAUGUUACUGUUAUCAGAGGCGGUCCAGGCAAGGAAGCAACGACGAUCUAUGUUCCUCCAACUGGCACUGAGCCUGGAACAAUCAUCAUCGAGACACCUACCGAUGUGGCCACGACUCCUGGAGAGAAGCCCACGUCUGAGGACCAGAAGACCAGCGAUGAGCCAGCUGUCACUAUUCCUCCGAGUUCCAACAGUCCCAACACUACGGUUAUUCGACCCUAUCCUGGACCUGGCUCCAUUACAGAGCCUCUUACCAGAUAUGUCCCACCCACUGCACCUGGCGAGCCUGGCACUGUUAUCAUCGAAACCCAAACCUCCGAUGAACCAGCUCCUACCACGGCCAACGCAGAAAUUACUUUGCCCCCCAGUUCGCAAAGCCCCAAUGUCACCGUCAUCAGACCUUAUCCUGGACCAGGUUCGAUCACAGAGCCUGUCACAAGAUAUGUUCCUCCCACAGCUGCUGGAGAGCCCGGAACAGUGAUUAUUGAGACUCAGGCAACCGACUCCGACUCCGACUCAACGAAGGCAGCUUCGAGCGCCCCCACCGAGAAACAAGCAACAACCGAACCUGCUGGCAUUACCAUCCCGGCCAAUUCUGGAAGCCCCAAUGUCACCAUUUUCAGACCAUACACCGGCCCUGGAUCAAUUGAUACUCCUAUCACGAGCUAUAUCCCACCUGCCAAUCCGGGAGAGCCAGGAACCGUCGUUAUUGAGACGCCUGCUUCUCCCAAGUCAGACACUGCUGUUCAAUCGGAGCCUGUGUCGACACCUGGCCCAGCCUCAGUUUCAGCAGUACCUACUGCAAAUGACUCCAUGGGUGGUUCUACGACACCAAUGUCGCCCGUCUCAAGCAACCCUGACGCUCUCACCCUUACACCUAGUGAUUCGCGCGAUGACUUCACCAUCAUUGAGCCAAACACCAAGUUUGCAGGUGCCACCGAGAAUGUCACGCAAGUUAUCCCACCCUCGGAUGGAGCUGCUGGAACGAAGAUCAUCUACACGCCUUUGGAUACGUCUGAUGCGUCGUCGCAGGGCGCCACAGAUACGGACACUUAUGUCACCAUCGGUGCAACGGUCACUAUUCCGGGAGAUCCUUCCACACGAACCGGCCUCAAGUCCGAUGUUGGAAGCGACGCUGGUACCACUGGCGCGGAAACUAAUGUCAUUAUCAUUCCGCCUAGUGGAACUGAGCCAGGAACUGUUCUUUCACAGACCAGUGUUUAUCUAGAUCAGAACUUGGCCCAACACGGCAAUGUCACCAUCACCCGAGCUGCUCCCGCUGGCGUUACUACUCCAUUCACUACCUAUUCUCCGCCCGCUCAUUCUACUGAUCCAGGAACCAUCAUCGUUGAGGUUCCUGACCAUAACGUCACGAUCACCAGAGCUGGUCCAUCUGAAAUUACCCGAACCAUGACAACGUACUCGCCUCCUGCUUCCCCAGGUGACCCAGGAACAGUUAUCGUGGAGACCCCUGACUACAAUAUCACCAUCACAACAGAAGCCCCCAAGAGUGUUACCGCUUUGCGUUCGACAUAUAUGCCACCUGGUAAGCCAGGCGAUCCAGGUACCGUCAUUAUCGAGACACCAAUCGGCGCUUACAAUGUGACCACCACUCGGGGCGCAUCAACCAUCACGGCGCCUUUCACCACUUAUUCACCUCCAGGCGAGCCUGGCGAUCCAGGAACUGUCAUUGUCGAAACACCUGACUACAACGUCACAGUUACAAGACAGGGACCCAAGGCGGCAACUACGGCAUUCACAACUUACUCGCCCCCUGGAAAGGUUGGCGAUCCCGGUACAGUUAUUGUCGAGACACCCGCCGAUGCCUACAACGUGACCACUACUCGGGGCGCAUCAACCAUUACGGCACCUUUCACCACUUACUCACCCCCAGGUGAGCCUGGUGACCCGGGUACCAUCAUCAUCGAGACGCCCGAUUACAACGUCACGAUUACAAGACAGGCUCCUAAGUCAGUAACGUCUUUGGUAUCCAUAUACUCGCCGCCUGGCAGCCCUGGAGACCCGGGCACUGUCAUUAUUGAGACGCCCAUUGGUCCAUACAACGUCACCACAACCCGAGGCGCUUCAUCGGUUACAGCUGCUGUUACGACCUAUCUACCUCCUGGUGAGGCCGGUGAUCCUGGUACUGUGUUGAUUGAGACUCCGGAAUACAAUGUCACUGUCACCAGCGAGGCCACAGAUUCUGGUUCUGUAACCGUCACAAGGUAUAACCCACCAGCUACACCGGGAGACCCAGGAACUGUCGCCAUCAUAAUGCCGAACCAAAAGGCUGCAUCAACCUCGCCAAACCCAUCCGUUACCGAUGCACCUGGUCAAAACGUCACCGUCUAUCGACCUGGUCCAAGUACACUGACUGGUCCUGUCACCUCGUAUAUUCCUCCUGCGAGCAGUGGAGCCAAUGGCACCGUUAUCAUCGAAACUCCUGGUUCUGCGACCCGUUUCAACGUUACUGCAACACAGACAAUCAGCACUAUCACUGCGAUAUAUACAACGUACAUGCCAGCUGGUAAUGAUAACGACCCUGGCACCAUUGUCGUAGGGGUUCCUGGUGAGCGAAACGUGACAGUUACAAAACAAGACGAUACUGUUACAGCACCUUACACAAGCUACUCGCCGCCUGCUACUGCUGGUGACCCUGGCACUGUCUUCAUCGGUGUUCCGGCUGAUCAUAAUGUGUCUGUUACUUCCAUUGUCAGUACUCGUACUGCUCCAUACACGACAUAUUCUCCCCCUGCCAAUCGCGGGGAUCCUGGUACUGUCGUCGUCGAAUUACCCCCUGACUCGAACGUCACAACUACCAAGACGGUCAGCGAUAGAACUGCUCCCUACACUACCUUUUCAGCCCCUGCGAAUAAGGGAAGUCCUGGUACAAUCAUUGUUGAAGUGCCCCCGGAGCGUAACGUCACUGUUACUGAGGUUAUCAGCACCAUCACGUCUCCUUACACAAGCUACUCGUCGCCUGCUAAGCAAGGCGAUCCCGGUACAGUUUUCAUCGGAUUGCCCCCUGAUUCUAAUGUCACGAUUACAACUGAGGUUGCAAGCCGAACUGCUCCUUACACCACUUACUCUCCCCCUGCGAAUAAGGGGGAUCCUGGUACUGUUAUUGUUGAACUGCCCCCUAACCGCAACGUAACCGUUACAACUGAAGUGGCCAGCCGAACUGCACCUUAUACCAGAUACUCGUCUCCAGCUAACAGAGGUGAUCCUGGUACUGUUGUUAUUGAGAUGCCGCCAGACAGUAAUGUUACGAUCACAACCGAGGUUGCCAGUCGUACAAAGCCUUAUACAACCUACUCCGCUCCUGCGAAUAAGGGCGAUCCCGGUACUGUUAUCGUGGAGAUGCCACCCGACAGUAAUGUUACGGUUACAACCGAAGUAGCCAUUCGCACUAAGCCCUACACUACUUUUGCGGCCCCUGCCAACAAGGGCGAUCCAGGCACCGUUAUCGUGGAAAUGCCACCAGACAGUAACACUACGAUCACAACUGAGGUCGCAAGCCGCACCAAGCCAUACACUACAUUUGCGACCCCUGCAAACAAGGGUGACCCAGGAACUGUCAUCGUGGAGAUGCCGCCAAACAGGAACGUUACCAUUACGACUGAGGUGCCUACUCGCACUGCUCCGUAUACGACAUAUUCCUCCCCUGGUGCACAGGGCGACCCGGGAACUAUCGUUAUUGAACUACCCCCAGAUCGCAAUGUGACCGUCACCACCGAGAUUGCUAGUCUAACUUCGCCAUAUACCAGUUAUAUGUCUCCCGUUAACAAGGGUGACCCAGGCACAGUCAUUAUUGGAACACCUCCAGACCGAAACGUCACUACCACGGAAGAGGUCCCUACGUUGACCCAGGCCUAUACUACCUAUUCACCACCAGGAAGCCGUGGCGACCCAGGUACCGUCAUUGUCAGACUCCCGCCUGACAGGAACGUGACCAGGACAACUGAGAUCGCUACGAAGGGCGAUGCAGGUACUGUUAUCAUCGCAUUGCCUCCCGCGAGAAAUGUUACAACUACCGAAGUCAUCAACACGAUCACUCGAGCCACUACCACCUAUGCACCCCCUGCAAACCAAGGCGAUCCAGGUACUGUCAUCGUGCAGGAACCUCCUGAGACUAACACAACUAUCGUUGAGGUUAUUCCCACUAUCUCACGUCCAGCGACUCGCUUUGUCCCAGCAGCCACAAAGGGUGAUCCGGGUACUGUUUUCAUCGACGUGCCUCCGAACCACAAUGUUACGAUCACUACAACAGUCAGCACCAUCACUCGACCAAGCACAACAUUUGCAUCCCCCGCUACCGACGGCGACGCGGGCACAGUACUCGUACAGAUGCCUCCUGAGUACAAUGUCACCACAACUCAGACCGUUCAGACAAUUAGCAGGCCAGUUACUCGUUACUCGUCGCCUGCCGAGAUUGGUGACCCUGGUACUGUCUACCUCGAUUUGCCCCCGGAGUUCAAUGUCACUAUUACGACAACAGUCCCAACUAUCACAAGACAAUCCACAACAUUCGCUCCAGGUGCAACUCAAGGAGACCCAGGAACUGUCAUUAUCGAGAUGCCACCUGAGUACAACGUCACUACCACACAGACAGUUAGCACUAUGAGCCGGCCAGUUACACGGUACUCGAAGCCAGGCGAGGUCGGCGACCCUGGCACGAUCUAUGUCGACCUACCACCGCAGUACAAUGUCACUAUUACAACAACAGUCCCGACCAUCACAAGACAAUCCACAGCCUUUGCUCCUGCUGGGGAACAAGGCGACCCUGGCACUGUUAUUAUCCAGAUGCCGCCGGAUACUAAUGUGACGACAACCCAGACUGUACAGACAAUCACCAGACCAGUCACGAGGUACUCGAAACCGGGUGAAGUCGGUGAUCCUGGUACUGUUUAUGUUGAUUUGCCCCCUGAGUACAAUGUCACAAGAACCACAACCGUGGCUACAAUGACAAAACCAUCAACUACCUUUGUUCCAGCCGGUGAGCAAGGUGACGCUGGCACGAUUCUCGUCCAGAUGCCACCGGACACUAAUGUCACAACAACUCAAACCGUCUCGACAAUCAGCAGGCCUGCUACUAGGUAUUCUCAACCGGGCAGUCCGGGAGACCCUGGUACCGUGUAUGUUGAUGUCCCACCGGAGUAUAACGUCACCCGUACUACUACUGUUGCAACAAUCACCCGAGCUUCAACUACGUUUGCCCCAGCUGGUGAGCAGGGUGACCCUGGCACAUUUAUCGUACAACUUCCUCCAAGCGUCAAUGUUACAGUAUCGUCAACAGUCCCUACCAUUACACGCCCUGCUACACGCUUUGCAACCCCAGCGACUGUGGGAGAUCCAGGUACCGUUUUCGUCGAUCUUCCGCCGGAAUACAAUGUAACUACCACCGCAACCGUCAGCACGAUCAGUAGGGCAAGGACAACCUAUAACCCUGCCGGUGAACAGGGUGAUCCAGGCACUAUCCUCGUCCAAGUUCCUCCAGAUUACAAUGUCACAACAACUGAGACGGUCAGCACCAUCAGUCGGGUCAGAACUACCUAUAACCCAGCUGCCACUCAGGGUGACCCCAACACUGUUCUUGUACAGGUUCCUAUCGACUAUACGAUAACCACAACACAAACGGUCAGCACAAUCAGCCGUGCUAGGACAACUUAUAACCCUGCCGCCGAACAGGGUGACCCGAACACAGUACUCGUAGAGGUCCCUGCCGACUACAAUGUAACCACUACCGAGACUGUGAGCACAAUCAGCCGAGUUAGGACUACAUAUAAUCCUGCCGGUGAACAAGGUGAUCCAAACACUGUACUCGUACAGGUUCCUGUUGACUAUACCAUAACCACUACCGAGACUGUCAGCACUAUCAGCCGCGCCAGAACGACAUACAUGCCAGCCGGUGAACAAGGCGAUGCAAACACAGUCCUUGUGGAGGUUCCUCCCGACUACACCAUCACUACAACCGAGACGGUCAGUACCAUCAGUCGCGCUAGAACCACAUACAUGCCAGCCGGUGAACAAGGUGACCCGAACACAGUACUUGUUCAACUUCCCCCCAACGUGACUACAACGCAGACAGUCGCUACCAUUACCGAGGCUACCACAACUUUCAUUCCCGCUGGUACCCCAGGUGAUCCAGGAACUGUACUUGUUGAGGUCCCUGGUGUGAAGCCUGCGCCAUCAGUACCUCUCAGUGGCCCUUCAACUAGUCUUCCUUCCGCUGGUCUGCCAUCGGCCACUGUUCCUAGCUCCAUCGACCUUCCUGGGGUGAAGUUCGCCUCCUCAUUGAGCGACCCUCAGCUCUCUGCACCCUCUGCGCCUUUGACUGGCGCAUCGGUACCUCUCAGCGCACCAUCUGCCAGUCUGCCUUCGGCUGGAGUACCUUCUGCUAGCUUGCCUUCGGCCAGUCUUCCUUCGGCUGGACUACCUUCUGCCAGUCUUCCUUCGGCCAGCUUGCCUUCUGCAAAUCUUCCAUCUGCAUCGGGAGUCAGUGCACCGUCUGCCAGCCUACCCUCUGCUAGCUUGCCUUCUGCCAGUCUUCCUUCUGCUAGCUUGCCUUCUGCCAGUCUACCUACAGUUGGUCUUCCUUCCUCUACUUUGCCUGUUGCCGUACCACCGGUACCAGUGUCAAGUUCCUCUUCCACUGUUCAAGCGCCUGCACCGGCAACCAGUACCAGCGCCAGCAGCAAGAUGCCUCAAGCUUCCUUUGGUCCAACCUUUGACUGUGAUGCUAAUGGCAACUCUGCUUACACCAUCUCAACCCUGCUCGGCAAUACUCUCACUCGAGUUAAUCUCAUAACAGGUGCCCGCACUGUUAUCAAAUCAGGUGUAGGCCCUGGUGGUGUCCUCCUCAAUUUGGCUGGUACCACGGGAGCCAUCAACAGUAUCGGAUUCAACCCUCUCGACUACUACAUCUAUGGUUUCAUCAACCAAGGUGUUGUUGGUGGUGUCCUCGGUGUCCUCACAGGUACUCCCAAAUCUCAGCUGAUCCGCAUCGCUUCCAACGGUGCUUACGAACUAUUGCCACUUACUGUUCCUUCGACUACCCUUGAUAUGGGUGAUGUCGAUGAGCAGGGACGCCUUUGGGUGUCUGAGAGCGGAGGCAAGUGGUGGUCUAUUGACCUGAAUCCUAAGUCCGCCAAUUUUGGUAAGCUUAUCAACAGCGGUACAUCUGCUACAAACAUUCUAUCUGGUGUUGGUGAUUGGGCCUAUGUUCCUGGUGGAGGUGAUUACCUUUACGCGGUCCAGGCCUCCAUCAUUGAGAAUGGCCUCAUGCGAACCAACAUUGUUCGAUGGUCACGCACAACUCAUGUUUGGGAGCGCUACCAGACAUAUCCCAACCUCGUCCUCACAGCGCUCAACCUCGUCUGGGGCGCUGUCAUGGCAGGUCCUGGUGGCACUCUGUAUGCUCAAGAGAACCUUCUCGGUCAGACAUGGAAGUUCACUUUGGGAAGCAAUGCCAACCCUACGGCUAUCCCAGGAGGAUCCAUCGCCAACUUGCAAGGCGAUGGUGCCAGGUGUAUCGCCCUGGAUUCUUCUACCACCAUUGCGGCGCCCACUACCACGGCGCCUAUUACCAUCACAGUUACGAUUCCAAACAUUCUUUCACUUGUAACUCAAGUUCUUCCUGGAACCGUCAUGGUACAGGUGCCGACCAAGUCUACCGUGACAACUACCCAGACAGUCGGCACGAUCACUGCGCCUACAACAACUACUCGCAUUGUGACAGACCUGGGUCAACCAGACACAGUUCUCGUCCAAUUCCCCACUCCCUACAACGUCACGAUCACUACAGCCGGUCCUACCACGCUGGCUUCCACCGCUACUACAUACGUACCACCUGGCACGCCAGGUAAUCCUGGUACAGUCAUCGUUCAGAAACCACCUGUAACUGUUACUACAAACGGCGGUACCUCGAUUUCCGUUCCUUACACUACUUACUUCCCUCCCGGUGCCAGCGGCGAUGCCGGCACCGUGGUUAUCGCGACACCUGCUCCUCGUUCCACGUCCUCUUCCACCACGUCUCGCUCUAGCAGUACGUCUACCGUGGCGCCUCAGGCCACGGUAGCGUUCAACUGUGAUGUCUAUGGUUACCUUAUGCAGAAGACGGCUCUGUACCGUGUCGAAAUCACCACUGGUAAGACAACUCUUAUCAAGAGCAAUGUCGGUCCUGGUGGCUGGAUCAAUGGUAUCGGUUACAACAAGUUCGACAACUACAUUUACGGUAUGCACAUGGACGACACGGGUACCCAACUUAUCCGUAUCGGUGGUGAUGGUGGCUGGACUCUGUUACCCGCUCGAACCAACGAUCGCACCAUCAACAUGGGAGACAUUGACAACCAAGGUCGUUUCUGGAUCUCUAACCAGGGUGAGGCUUGGUGGGCCAUCGACCUUAUGCCUGGCUCAGCGACGUAUGGCAAGAUUAUUCUGAGCGGUACUGCUAAGAACACUCUUAACUGUGCCGAUUGGGCAUUUGUCCCCGGAGGCGGCGACUACAUGUACGCAGUCAUGUAUGACGACAACGGCGACACAUCUACUCUGUGUCGAUUUAGCCGAACUACAUACACAUGGCAGACGCUUAAGGCAUAUGGUAAUGUCGCCGGUGACAACCUUUGGGGAGCCGCCUACGCAUCGCAAGACGGCAGUCUUUACGGUUCCGAGAACUCCAGUGGACAGAUCUUCAAGUUCCCUAUUGCGCCAACCAUCGGCACGCCCAAGUUCAUUGCGGCAGGUCCAGUAUCAUCGUGGAACGAUGGUGCCAGGUGUAUCGACAGUCAAUCCCUCUAG